AGCUAAGCUCUGGACUGCCCGCAGGGAAGCCACAGUGCCCAGGGAGCAUAACGGUGUGCAGCUGUGGAAGCUAGAGUUGAGCCUACACAGUCCUGGGAGCCACACACUGAGUAGCAGGGACUUGGACCCCUCAGGGCAGAACAGUCACCAGGAACUAGAGUGGCGUCUGGGACGCUGAUGGGGACUUGAGCUGCCGCUAGGUCUCCUGUCAGCGAUUGAUCGAUCCGGAGCUCUGCAGGUGCCACUGUUCGUCGCUUUCCAGCUGCAACCCUCACCAUGGAGUCCCCGGUCCAGAUCUUCCGCGGGGAGCCGAGCCCCACCUGCGCCCCAAGUGCUUGCCUACUUCCCAACAGCAGUACCUGGUUCCCUAACUGGGUAGAAUCGGACAGCAACGGCAGCAUGGGCUCCGAGGACCAGCCGCUGGAGACUGCACACAUCUCUCCGGUCAUCCCUGUCAUCAUCACUGCUGUCUACUCUGUGGUGUUCGUGGUGGGCUUGGUGGGCAAUUCGCUGGUCAUGUUUGUCAUCAUUCGAUACACGAAGAUGAAGACAGCAACCAACAUCUACAUAUUUAACCUGGCCUUGGCAGAUGCCUUGGUUACUACUACCAUGCCCUUCCAGAGUGCUGUCUACUUGAUGAAUUCUUGGCCUUUUGGAGAUGUUCUGUGCAAAAUUGUCAUUUCCAUUGACUACUACAACAUGUUUACCAGCAUAUUCACCUUGACCAUGAUGAGUGUAGACCGCUAUAUUGCUGUGUGUCACCCUGUGAAAGCUUUGGAUUUCCGCACACCUUUGAAAGCAAAGGUUAUCAACAUCUGCAUUUGGCUCUUGUCAUCAUCGGUUGGCAUAUCAGCAAUAGUUCUUGGAGGCACCAAAGUCAGAGAAGAUAUGGAUGUCAUUGAGUGCUCCUUGCAGUUUCCGGAUGAUGACUACUCCUGGUGGGACCUCUUCAUGAAGAUAUGUGUUUUCAUCUUUGCCUUUGUGAUCCCAGUUCUCAUCAUCAUUGUCUGCUACACCCUGAUGAUCCUGCGCCUGAAGAGUGUCCGGCUCCUCUCUGGCUCCCGAGAGAAGGACCGCAAUCUCCGCAGGAUCACCAAACUGGUGCUGGUGGUGGUGGCAGUCUUCAUCAUCUGUUGGACCCCCAUUCACAUCUUCAUCCUGGUGGAGGCUCUGGGCAGCACCUCACACAGCACAGCUGCCCUCUCCAGCUAUUACUUCUGCAUUGCCUUGGGUUAUACCAACAGUAGCCUGAAUCCUGUCCUUUAUGCUUUCCUUGAUGAAAACUUCAAGCGCUGUUUUAGGGAUUUCUGCUUCCCUAUUAAGAUGCGAAUGGAGCGACAGAGCACCAGCAGAGUUAGAAAUACAGUCCAGGAUCCUGCUUCCAUGAGGGAGGUGGACGGGAUGAAUAAGCCAGUAUGACUAGUCGUGGAGAUGUCUUCCUACAGCUCUCCAGGUAGAGAAGAGUUCAAUGAUCUUGGUUUAACCCAGAUUACCACUGCAGUCUGAAAUGGAAAGAUGAGGUGUUUGAUAGUGCAGACAUGUCAUGCUCUAAAGUCUUCAACUGCAGGGCACAUUAGUGAUCUAGCUGAGUAGGGGCAGCAAGUCUGAAGAACAAAGCACAGGAGGAUCUGGCAACAACAAGGAAGGCAGUCUAAACUCAACCCAUUCAUAGGCAAAGAUAAGACUCUUCUUUCUGGUUCACUUGGUUUAGUUAACCUCCAUCUGCGUGGCCUUCCCAUGCAACAGUUCCAAAACUAAAGAAGAAAACAAAGGAAAAAGCAAAGCAAAACCAAACCACUGGAUCCAAAGUUUAGUAGACACCAAAUGUACCUGCUACCACUGACAGAAGCAACCUCAGCUAGAAUGAGAGCAUGCCGAUGCUCAGAUCCAGAGCAUACCCUGCUGGAUGGACAGGUCUCUCGUGUGAAAAGAAUGCAUCUUAGGAAGAACUUGGACUCAGACUCAUGGCACUGAACAAGACAUAGUGGUAGAGGGCAUCAUCUUAAAACUUGUGAACUUGUUUAAAGUUGUGAAUGCUCUCUUCACAGAGUUUUUAAUGCCUUGAAAACUACAGUUUGCUAAUUAACAUAUCUAGGCUUUAGCAUGCUAUUCAGGUAGAUAAUCUUCUGAGCAAAGAUGUACCGAUGUUAAGAAGUGUGAGGCAUAUAUACCAACAAAGUGUGUGUAGUUUCAUCUGUAAGUAGUCUGUGUGGAAAUAAGGAACAGGCUUCCUGCCUAGCCAGGACAUUUCUCAAGGCUGCAGCAGUGAUACCACUGGAGGCAUGGAACAUUGAUGCUGAGAUAUUUUGCUGCAAUGUAAGCUUUUCUAGGACUCAGUCAUGGUGUGAUUUCCUCUGGAUUCCUCAACCAUCAUUUGUGCUAACACUGCUCAUAACUUGGUAUUAACAAAUCCCCAAAUUUUGAAUUCACUCUAAGAUAGUAGUUUUGGUCAAAUCUACUUUGUGGUAGCAUCUGUUUGUAAACACACACCUAUUGCCAGAUUCUCUACUCAGGUAGAGCAAAUUGUUUUGAUCAUGUGAAUCUUCAGGUAUUAUGAUCUGGUUUUUCACGUGAAGUAGAAUUGUUUCCAUAUACAUGCUGAUGAAGGAAAUGAAGCUUGAGGUGCCUAAGUACAGCUUGCAUGGUCUUGGGUAAUGGUGUAUCAUGGAGGUUACUGUCUGAGAAACCCAUUUAGGAUAAUUUUGCUAAAUCUUCCAAAUGACAUAUAAAUUCCCCUUCUUUAAAAUUUAUGGUUCAGAGAAAAUGAGCAUUUUUUGUUGUAAUUUUACUUGAAAGAAGAAGGAAAGGGUAAUUUAGAAAUAAUAUCUAUUUCUAAGCUUGUUCAUGGUUAGGGCAGCACCCCUUGGAGUCUAAUAGAGCAUCUAAUGUGUGGACUUGGAUACUGUAGAUUCCAUCCGUGCGUCCUCACUAUCAGCUGUUUCACUGGUGCUGCUCCCGCUCUCUCUGGAGAAUGAGACCUGCAUGAAGGUAUGACACACUCUGCAGAGUCACUGUUAUUAUGUUUAUCUCCAUUCAGGACUUUUAUGCUACUGAUUACAAUGGUGACCAGUGACACUGUAGAGACAUUUUCUGAUGGAAAUAAAGUGCUCUUUUCAGUACUCCUUAUAUUUCACUGAAUACCAAGAUGCUCUGGGAUUCUUCUGUAAUAACACAAAGCUGGAAUGUAUUAAGCACAUGUGUUAGUGUAGAUUUAAGCAUGGAGGCUAACAGAGGAAGACAGACAAGUAAAAAGGAGGCAGGGGCAUGCCCUAGAGUGUAACACACUUUUUUGAAAAUUAUUUUAUUAUUAUCAUUAUCAUUAUUAUUAUUAUUGUGUGUGUGCACAUGCAUGGAGAGGUAGGAGAACAACUUUUCACAAUUAGUUCUCUCCUUUUUCUUUUACAUGGUUCUGGGGAUGGAACUCACAUUAUCAGACUUACAUUGUCAUAUGUUAUGUGCCUUUACUCACUGUCUUAUCAUGCCAUCCCAGACCAAAGCUUUCUUAAAGAGCAAGUCACCACCCUUGCAUUCUUAUAAAUGAAUAUAUAGAGAAGAAUGACUUAAAUAUUGGGUGACAUUAACCCAAUAGUUAAAACCUUGGCUAUUAUGCUAAAGGGACAUGUAUGUGAACAAAGUAGUUCCAUGAACAAAUGCCACCGAAGUAGGCCAUAGAAAUGCUUCUACAUCACUGUAAGAUGUGAGAGAUGUUGAUAGAUUAUUCUCCAGUACCAAAUACAAUGGAGUUACCACAUCACCAUGGAAUGGAGUUACAGCAGUGACCUCUUUAACUUUAUGCUCUGCUAAUAUCCCUGCUUCCUGCAUUUCUUGAUCCCAUGGACGGGGGUAAGUAGCUUUGCUGCCCUUGAAUGUAUUCUGAACUUCUCCUUGACCCAAUUGAAAAACAGGUGACAGCCACUUUGGGGCACUAGUGCAAAGAAUCACAGAGAUUCACACACAGGAGGGAAAGUGUCAACUACCUACAUAUAUUUUAUUAUUGAAGUUUAGAUAUGUGCACAUAUACAUGAUCAUAUAUAUGAAAGAGAGCAGGUGCAUACAUGUGUGUGCACAUGUGCAUGAUGCUAGGAAGCAGUUGUCAUAUUGCCAUGCUUGAUUGUUUCCAACUGUGCUUUUGUUUAACCCCAUGGUUCUCAAGUGACUCUCCCUCUCAGAGGUUCCCCGAAGGCUCUCCCAUCACACAAAAAACUGUUGCUUGUUGUGUCUGUGACCUUAAGAACAGCUCUACCUGGACUUUAUCUUCCAACAUUAAUGACAACUUUUGGAAAAAAAAUUCUUUAGAGAGAAAUCAAGAAUUUUGGGGAAAAGGGUUUAAUUUUGUGGCAGAUACAAGUUGUUAAACUUGUAUCCAGCAAUUUAUAUGUACUCCAUUUGAUACAUAAGAUGAACAAAAUGAGGAAUACACUGGCAGGUUUUAAAUGAAAAAAUUUAAAGGAAAACCUAUGACAAGGUUGUGUGUCCAUUCCACAAGACUUAUUUUCCAAGCAAGAACUUGGUAUCAAUAUGAAUGUCUCACAAGGUUACAAAUUGGCUCGGGCCAUGACAAUUUUCCUCUCUGAAAGUGAAGUGUGUUCUUUGCCAUAUGGAUAUUAUUUAUACCUUAUAUUGAUAGUAAUUAUACAUUGUAUAUAUGAUUGUGUGCCUUGUAAUAAAACCAAAAUUGUACCUGC